GCUCCGCGCAGCUUUGGGGACAUUUAUUUAAUAUACAGCCUCCUCCCCCUCACCAACCGUCUUGCUCUCCAUCUAUCUCCAAGUUCAUCAACAGAUUCAGCUUCAAGUAGCUUCAGAUCUUCUUGAUCAUUCUCAUCUUGCACUCAUAUAUACUUAUUUACCCACUACCACCACACUCACCUCAAGCAACUCACCACCUCGCCUUGACCAUCAUAGCCUCUCAGUUCGUUUGGAUAUAAAGACAGACACAAGAGGACAGACAGAUACAGGAAACAAUUGAGAAGAAACCAACUCUCUCAAUCUUGCUUUGGGCCAUCUAGAGCUUCGUCGUUAUAAAAUCGACGGUUACAAUUCUCAGCUACAAGCAACCCCACACUCAAACAUACAACAACUUCACAAUGUCCAUGUUUAUGACACAACCCGCCUACGCCUACGCGGCAGCUCCUCCACCUCCCAGACAAUACUCGGGAACAAGCAGUGCUUUCAGUGCUUCUGCCAACCCCGAUGAGGACUGGACCAAGAUCUCUGACCUUGCAGAGCGCCGAAGAAUACAGAACCGCAUUGCUCAGCGCAACUACCGCAAGAAGCUUAAGCGCCGUCUCGAAGACCUCGAGCGCCGUGCUGGUUCUUCUGACGAUGCCGAGUCCGACAAGCAGCCACAGAAGCCUACCAAGUCGAAGCGAUCCCCCUCCGCACCUAAGUCUCAAAAAUCGCAAUCCGGAGCUCCCAGCAAGUCUGUUGCUUCACAGGGCCAGUUCACUCCUCCCAUGGAGCCUACUGACGAGCUUUUCUUCCCCGGCACCUACGACGACCGAGCUCGCUCAGACAGCCCUCCGCAGUUCACAUACUCAACAUACCCUGCUCCCGAUGAGAUCCUCCUCGCACCCUAUGGUUCCACUCAGUCAUACCCAGCCAUCACAACCGCUGAUGCCUACCCCAACUACAUGACAGCGUCUACAGUGCCCAUGACACUUCCUUCCAUGACACACUUUAGCGAUGCCAUCAAGCGGGAGACGUACCCUAGUGACGACGGACUCACUCCUUACAUGACCUACGGUUACAUGCCCCCCAUGGACUUCAACUCUGGUAGCCCAUACGAACAGUCCAACCCUCAUGUGAGUCACGCCAGUCAAACGCCCCGUGGGGUUGUACGAGAUCCACGUUGCUGAUGGGGUUCGCAGACUCCUCCGCUGUCGCAUUCUUUCGACCACUCUGCCAACUGCUCAGAGGCUGGCUUCGACUACCCUGCCACGCCUCUGUCAAUGCCUGGCUCGCCUGGUCUAAUCCAGCACCAAUAGGGCAGCUGGCAUGAAUGAGAGAAAGAAAGAAACAUAGCGAAAUUUGAGAUUUUGGAUUAGGCGUUGGAAAUGAGCCCUACGAGGCAUAGCAUGGCGGGUUUUGAUAUUUUGAACACUUUCACACUCCACACUAUUCACUUCUUUUGGUACCGGCAAAGGUAUCUAUGUCACAGGCGAGAGGAUGUUUACUCGUCUGCAUUCGUUUUAUGUACACAGGGUCGAAGCGCUCGACCAUGUGGUUUCUGUAACGGCUGCAAGAUGCACGGACGAAUUGCUUAUUUGGAAUGGCGAAGGAAGAGGGGACAAGUGAGGCGUUUUGGGAAUGCAUACGGCAUACGCUUGUAUGCAUCCGAAUGUAUAUCGGACAGACAGUGAACUGGAUUGGAUUGGACUGGACUGGACUGGCAAAGGUUGAAAGCAGGCAAGGAGGCAAACAAACAACAAAGAUGGCGGCUGCGGGGUCGAGAGACCUUGGCUUGGCCACUUGCACUCUUGUUAGUGUUGGUUGAAUAGAUAUCUUGAGCCAUGGAGACAAAUUAGAUGAUGAAAUGUGCAUAACGCAUUGUACUUGACUACAUUGAGGUGAGGUGAACUGUACGAAUUAAGAGCUGGCU